AAAUUUUCGCCUAGAGAUUCUCAAAGUAGCGUCUUUGCCCUUUAAUUCAGAAAAAAGUACAUGUAAUUUGGAUGAUUUUUCGCAAAGUUACAUCACUUUGAAGGUUUCCUAAAAAUUCGGUCAAAAUUUUUUGUGUUUUUUUUUUGCGCCAGUUUAUAUCGAUAUUCGGUGUCUUUAAAUUCUCGACAGUUCCAAAAAAAAAAAAAAAAAAGGAAAGAACGCUCGGUAAAAUUUCCAAGAGCGGAGGAUUAUCUGCGAGAACGGGAAAAAUCCGGAGGCAGCUGCUGCCUCCGGCUAAAGAUUCAUAUCGGGCCACUUCGCGACACGCUCAGGGUGGAAAAAUACAAAUCUAACAAAUACACUACGCUGCCGGCGGCGGCGGUGGUGGUAGUGGUGGUGGUGCUGGUGACGGUGGUGGUGUAGCGGUGGUGGAGGAGGCAGAGCGAGUUGAAGGUUGACGGCGGUAGUGGCGGUCGACUCUGUAGGUCGCGGGGGUGUACGGAGGUAACGGGGGGUGGUCCGCGCGCGCGGACCAGCGGAUCAAUUCGCGCGCUCCGGGAGCUACACGCAGGGGGAGAAAAGCAACAGUCUGCUAGCCCCUUUCUGUCCGGAAAAGUGCUCGGCCACGGUACGCUCCUCGCCACACGCCCGCUCGUGUCCCGACACUCGCCGAGAAAAAAAAAACGACAGUAAAUUCGUCGGAAGGACGGUGAAAUUAUCCGGAGCGCGUUAUCGCGUUAUCGCUCCUGGAGAGAGAGACAGAGAGAGAGAGGGAGAAAGAGAGAGAGAGAGAGAGAGAGAAGAACGUGAGGAGGUGGAGGAGAAUCUCUUCCUGGGAGCUGCGUGAUCUCGAUUACAUAUGGAGUUACGAUUCUUCGGUUUACUUUCUCACGAAACCGGAGAUAAUGCCGGAUUGUUCGAGCGGCGAUCGCGUACAGUUCGACCGGGAGAAAACGAGCUGAUGUCUGAAACGAAAAAAAACAGAAGAAGAAAAGAAAGACUCUCUCCUUGUCUCUCGUCUUGACUCUCGCUUCCUCGUUCGUCGCUCCGCUAGACCCGUGAGAUCCUUAAAAAUUCAGCUCGCGUCCGUUUUCGACGAUUCGGAAUCCGGUUUAGACCUUAAGUCGACGCACUUGACGAUUCAGCCGGAGAACUCCCUGCAAUUCGUAGGGACGACGAUCGGGACGACGGCGAUAUCCUCCCGUCCGCGCGCACUCGUGCGGGAAAACGCGGGCGCGCGAGUUGUCGCGUCGGCGGAACACACAAUCUGACCUGAUUUCCAUUGAAUAUACCUUUAUGCGGGGCGCUCCGAGAGCGGAGCGAAGUGUCCGUGAUGAGGCCGUCGCGGGGGCCGACGCGAUUGUCGGCGCGGAGUCGCUCGUUUGUUCCCAGUCCCUGCGAGUCAAUAGAGAGCGGCGACGCGAGGAGGACGUUUUGGUAUCGGUUUUCCGGUAUCGUGCUUCUCUCGAACUCCCGCCGGCUCUCCCUCCUUCUCUUUCUCACCCCUGUGUGCUUCCGUAUCGCCGCGCGAGGACACCGCCAGUAAAAUACUUUGCUCAUUUUUUACAUCAUCUCUCCGUGUCACCGUGCUUUCGAAAAACACGAGUGUCCGAAUAGCGGCGAGGACAGCGAGGAGGAUGUAAUAACCGAUUACCUAGGCUCAUCGCACUCCGACUGCGAUCGUGUGCCUAUCAUUAAUGGGGAUCUACGCGGCCUGAGUUUACACGGCGGCAUAAUCACGGAGACCGGCUACAACACCAAAGACAAUACCGACAAAGCGCCGAUCAUCAUGUCCGAGGGCGGCGACGAGCAGCAACAUCAUCAGCAGCAUCAGCAACAGCAGCAGCAGCAGCAGCAACAUCCCUUACUCGCACUUGGCACUAAUAUACAAACCCAGCCUAAUCCUCUGGUGCCCACCAUUAGCGUUACGCCGCAUUCGCCCGGUGUGGCCAAAAAUUAUCCGGUCCUAGAGGAGAAUUUACAGCAACUGCAUGAGAUACAUAACUGCAUCCAGCGUAUGCGAGACUUGACAUUAGGCACUUUGGGAUACAGCAUUCGCGCCUCCAACGCUCCACAAAGAUUGACUUCCUCCUGUCCAUCCCUGUGUCCACUGGCUCCGACCGAACUCGUGUCUCGUUCCGGCAAUCAUCAUCAUCCUCAUCAUCAUCACGACACCGGUUCCGAUCCGGAUCUUCUCCUCGGCAAUUGCUCCACGAACAGUUCUCCGACACAUUUUCCAACAAUGGAUGGUCAUGCCCGCUCUGAACAAGAACAGGGUAUAGAUCGAAGACGCAGUUGGACCGGAGAUCUGGAGGAUCUGGAAGAAAACCGACGCGGCCGCCGCCGAUACUCCGGACAUCAUUUACAAGCCCAAAAUAUGGUUAAUAUUGCCCGUUACUUGUUGAAACCGGGGCACGGAGCCGAUUCAAUCUCGCGACAACGCAGCAUUAGUUUAAGUAGCCUAGACAGCGAGAACGAGAUAGAAUUAGAUGGAAAAUCAUGUACCGGACCUGCAGGCGUAAGCAAUCGGGCAUGCAGGUCGCAAACGAGCACGCACUCACUAAACGAAGCUGAUCUUGUACAGAACGAAUAUCAGAAGAUAGUCACAAAGAGAAGUUGUCAAAGAUUAGUAGAAAGUAGCAGUUUAAUGCCAGGGCUGACUUCGCGUUUACCUCUUCAGAAAUCUAUAUCGACGCCCUCGAUCGUUACACCGCAGGUUCACGCGCAUUUGACUGAAACUGGAACUCGGACGACGCCUUCACUUGCAGCCCGUCAUGAAAGAAACGAAAAGGGUAGUGGGAGUGAGACAGAAACCGAAGAUCUUCAUACACCACACAGCCACGAAUUCCACGAAGACCGGGAGGGCACUCCGAGUGUUCAGAUAUCCCUUGACGAGCUUUUGACCGAAGGUACUGCAUACGAUGAUCACCAUUCCGAAAAAACUAGAAGAAAGCGCGGUUCUAUUUUCUUCCGCAAAAAGAAGGAUAAAAGCGGAAAGAAAACUAGUCAACAGCAUCUGUGGGUAACGAUGGCGGUGGGAACUCAGGGAAGCUUUUUAUGUGAUGUUUGUAUGAAACAUUCGACAAAUAAACCGCUUCUUCACUGCGACAAUUGCGGAGCGUCGGUUCAUCAAAGUCAGGGAUGUAAGGAUCAAUUAGUGAUGGAGUGCAUCAAGUCUAAGCAUCAUUCCAACAAAUCCACAACAAAGUCUUCAUCCAACAUUUCGACAAUUUCAAGUAACAGCAGCGCCAAUAAACGGGGUUCAACAACGUCGUUGCCUUUACCGGCAUCAUCUGGAAGUGGAAGGGAAAUUAACAGCCAACACAAGAAAACUGUGUCAAGCUACAGCCCUUGGCGGCGAGUUGCCACUAAGCUUGGAGUCAAUCAAACAAUAAAUGAAGAAAAAGAUGCCGAGGGCGGGCAACAUCGUGAUCUUCCCAGCGGAUGGGAAGAAUUUGACUUUGGAGACGAUGCUCAUCAGUUUACAAUGGCAGAUCUUGAGGAGAUGGAUCCGGAGCUGACAUUAGGAAAGGAGGAGCCUGAUUCUUGGAGCUCCGCGGUCGGGCGUAACAUCGCAUUACGUCUUGUCGAUCACUGCGAGCGCGAGGUGAAGAGGCAGGAACAUAUAUACGAAUUUGUGCUUACCGAGAAGCAUCAUUGUCUGGUGUUGCUCGCUAUGGAGAAGAUCUUCGCGGACGGACUGCGACGACACUUUCGUCUGGGCCAAACAGAUCUCGAGCGAAUGUUUCCCCGACUGCGGGAUCUGAUUGACAUUCAUCUGCGUUUUUUGCAGAAGCUGCGGAAACAGCAGAAUGCUAAUCCCGUGGUCUCCACGAUCGCUGACAUUCUAGUCGAGCAAUUCUCGAAUGAAAACGCGCAACGCAUGAAAAGCGCGUAUGGAGAGUUUUGUAGUCGUCAUCGAGACGCUGUCGAAACAUACAAGUAUUACUUGCGUAACGAUUCUCGCUUUGCCCGUUUCGUUCGCCAUUGUCAAACGAAUCCUUUAUUGAAAAAGAAAGGUAUACCGGAAUGUAUACUUUUUGUUACUCAACGUUUGACAAAAUAUCCGUUGCUGAUCGAGCCGCUUAUCAAAACUGGGAUUGCACGAGAUGAAGGUGAAGACUUACGUAAAGCACUGCGUCUUGUUAAAAAUAUUUUAGCUGAUGUAGAUGCUUGCGUAGCAGACAAAGAGCGAGAAGAUAGAAAAUUAGAAAUAUACAAUAAGAUCGACGCAAAGUCGUUCGCGACGUAUCGUGGUGCCAAAUUCAAGAAAUCGGAUAUAAUUAACAGAAUUCUGAAGUUCGAGGGCACUGCAUACUUAAUGCAAGGUCGUGGCAAAAUGACUGCCAUCGUAGUGGUCGUUCUCUCAGACAUAUUGUUUUUCUUGGCUGAGAGAGAUCAGAAAUACGCGUUUUUCGUGCCUGACAAUAAAGCUGGUAUAGUGUCACUGCAAAAAUUGCUGGUUCGCGAGAAAGCUCGUCAAGAAUCUAGCAUUUACUUGAUAAGCAGUAAUCCGGCUGAACCGGAAAUGUUCGAGCUAAAGAUUCAGAAGCCAAAGGACAAACAAUUGUGGAUACAAGCUAUUCGGUCUGCAGUCGAGGCUUGUCCACAAGAUCCCGAAAACGAAUCCGACACGUUGACUGAAAAUAGUAACGAAUUGCGAGACACUCGCUCCUCCUCGAUCUCGCUGGUCUCCAUUGAAGAGAAACAGCGUAUCGCCAAAGUUAAAGAGUCACAUAUACUUGGAAUCGUCGGCGAAAUGCGAAAGAAAGAUGUAGAACAGGCGCUGCUGUUUGAAGAAAAAAUGAACUUGCAAAUGCGGCUUUUACAAGCGGCGAAUAACUACAGUGGAAACGAGAGCGAUAACGAGAAAUUUGAAAAACACGAGAAGGAAGGUGCUGAUUACACUCGGUUGGUGCACAAUGAAGGAAUUGAUACCACUCAAUUGUGGCAAGAGGUGGUUGUGGCUGUGCAAGAAGCGACACGUCUCGCUAGCUCAUUGUCGUUCAGUGCGGGCGGCGCUACUUUAUCACGAAGCUUAAGCUCCGCCGGUGAACGCCACAGCGAAGCUUACAUUCCGCCGGCUCUUUGUGUUCCUCGAAGGGCCGAGACAUUCGCUGGUUUUGAUCACAAUAAAGAGAAAUACCCGUUGCGUGAUUCAAAUACGCAUACUAUGAUCCCUAUUCCGAAAAUCAGCGAGUUACCCAAAGAAAAUCCCGACGAGAAGGACGGUCAAGAAUUGGAGACAACCAAGGAUCAGCAAUGGGCAGCAAUACGUUUGUCUCAUCACGUGUAUACGUUGCUUUGUAUAAUAAGUAAUCAGAUGACAACGAUCGAUAGCUUGCAAGCACAAUUGGCCGCAUGUAAGGAGGGCAAAUCGUCCAAUAGCCGACCGAAUUCGAAUCGCCAAUUGGAAGAACUGCGAAAUCUGCAGGAUCAGCUUUGCCGUGAGAGAGCAACGUUUCGCGCCGCGUCCCAACAGGAGAAGGCUCAGCUGGAGGAGGAACGAGCCGAGUUGGCGCGACAGAGAGAGCAAUUGGCUGCGGAGCAACGGGACGUAACACAACAACGGGAUCAAUUGUAUCGACGACUUGAGGCAUUGGAGCGGCAAGGUGUAACGCUGGUUGGAGGUUCCACGACUGGCUCGACGAUGAUUCAUCUGUCUCACUUAUCACAAAACACCGAGACAAUGCAGCAAAGUGCACGCAAUAAGGCACAAUCCGACACAAAACGCAUUCCCCUGAAUUUGAUCAGCGCGACGAAUCAGCAAAAAGUGCAGAGUAACUUGCCGGUCAAGCAACAGCUGCCAUUGAAGCUCGCCAGCGGAAGCAACAACAAUUCAAGAAGCGGUAGCACCGCAAGUAACAAUAGUCCAGAUCGACACUCCAGGGCAGGCAGCAGCCCAGCGAUUGUCACCGGGUCCGCAUAUUCGUCGCCGGAGCUCGGGAAUAGCCAUCACCACGGAAUCGGUGGGAAUCAUAUACAUUCGUCGAAUCGUUCACUUCGCGUCACUCGCUCACCGCCUGACACCUCAUAUGCGCACCAACAGCAGGCGCAGCAACAACAACAGCAUCAACAGCGAAGUAUGGAACCACAAUCACAACAACAACAGCAACAGCAACCGCUAGAGGAAGAGGUGAUCUUCUUCUGACGAUUCUUUCGAUUCGGUCGCAAACAUUCAUCUCGUUCAUCGCGUGCCAGCGCCGCUACUACUGGCACGACUACGCCGACCUUGACACCGGCACCAUCACCGCGCAAUCAGUCGAGAAACAACCAGACUCGCAACCGCGUUAAAUCCUUUUGAUUUUCAACAUAAAAUCUAUAUUGCGAUGAUGCAAUCAAUUCACUGUUUCGCAGGACACUUUUAACAUCUCAUUUCUUACCAUUUCGCAUCUUCUCCUACCGUUCACGUUUUCUUCACUACGGGUUUGUCUUGCAAUAGUUUGCACUUACGGCUAUUUAUCUCACAAUGAGGUCGUAUGACAUCGCAUCUUGUCCAUAUGAUGACACUCAAUCAUUAAUAAAAGCGAAUAGUUUAGUCUCGGAUAGCUGAAAGAAGGAAGAAAAUAUAAUACUUUAUUACUUUCCAAUUGCUACAACUGGCGGCAAUAAUCAUUUUUUAUGCCAAAUCUCGUGAAACUAUUACCUUGACGAGGAUACGUUAAGAAUAAAGCGUAAUUUUUAAAAGUGAUGAGAGAAAGAGAAAUGCUCGCAGAAUGAAAGAGAGAGAGAGAGAGAGAGAGAGAGAGAGAGAGAGAGAGAGCGAAAUAUUAAUGGCCGACUUAGCAAAGUAGAGCAGCCGAUCUUGUUGAAUUCUUGCUCGUUACGUUAUCAAGCCGACUGACAAUUUUAGAAACAAGAUUUUAGAUAAAUCUUUUAAACAAACCUGUUGCUGCUUGCUGAAAUGCAAGGUAGAUAAAUACAUAUAUUAUGGUUAAAUAUAUAUACAGGAAUGUGUGUACAUAUAUAUACUUUUUCAUAAACAUACGUGUGCAUGUGUGUAUGAAUAGUCGGACACGAAUGAAAGGGCACAAAUCAUGUGUAUGUGUGUAGGCGACGCGACUCUUUUCGCGCGCAUGUCUAAUUAUCUGAAUUAUGUGAAUGCAUGAGUGAGUUUUUGUUGCGAAUGUGAUAGAGCGAAUCCGCGGUAACUGUUCUUAUAAUCAUAACUACUAAAGUAUUUUAAUACGUGCUAAAGUGACAGAUAGGAUUAUUAACAAUUAUGAAAUAUUGUCAUUAUUAUUGAUGCGUGUGCCAAGCUGCUGGUCGAAAUCAUUGAUUCAUUUCAGUUUCCAAAGCGUUUUUUGCUUCACACAUAAUUCUAUUGUUCGCGAGUAUAUCGUAUACGCGGUAUACUUGCGACUCUUCCUCACGAACGAAUUGUAGCGAAGGGAUUUCAUAUUUGAUGUUUCAUUUCGGGAUUAUUCACUGCCAUUAUUGUUGUUCAUUAUCGAAAGUCCUUUUUUUUCAUGCUUUAUUAUUGUCUCUACAACCUAUUUUAUUUAUUGCAUUAUGUAAGAUUGAUGAUGAAAGUCCGUAUGAACUACGUGAAAUGGUACACAAAAGCGAGAAAUGAGUUUUCAUCUUGCCGCGCCGUGCGAGAAUUUGCGUCAGUUCUCACGGAUUUUGCAUUGUACGCACUGUCUUUAAUGUAUUUUAUUUGUAUGUCACACUUAUCAACGAAAGAAGAAGCUUUUGAGUGCCGAAUUGUAGAAAUUGUAGAAUGGGGAGACCUCUGAAUCAUAGUACGGUCAUACUGCACGUUGGAUUGCCGACUCACUAUUUUGUAAUAAUAACUCAAAAAAAGUAGUACAUAUUUAGCUUACCUUAGCAAAGAUUGUCGUUGCGAUACGAUUGUCGUCGAGCACUCUUUCAAAUUCAAAUUCGAAAACAGAAAGAACAAUAACGACAACCGUGUUACAUGUAAAAUAUAUUGUUGUGAUUGUCAAUAAGGUAUGCCUCUGAAUUAUGAAUUUCUGAAUUACGAUUUGUAACCGAUUACUUAUAAAGUUGUGCGUAUAUAUGAAUAUACAUUCCUUAACAAAUAAAUCUGCGUGCAAUAUGAUCGAAUUGGAAGAUAGGUAGAGGGCCGUUGGUCCACAAUGGAAAAAGGAAUGAAUUAGUCUCGUUAAGGAAACUUAAGUAAUAAUAUUACAAGUUCGUCUCAAUCAAUCGGUGACAAUAGAUCUUAAAAAAGUAUUCCGUGUUACGCGAGGGAAAAGGAAAAGAAAGGACAUAUAAACGACUUACAAGUCUCUACUACUACUACCAUUACUACUAUUACUUACUACCUAUUACGAUGCCGACUGUGUGACAAGCUCGUGAAAUGACAUUUUGCGAUUGUAAUUGUAGCGCAUCCACCGUGGGUAAGUGUCGACUUCAUUGCAUACAUAUUAUAUGCAUAUAAGAUUAGUGCUGUCCAGGAUUUGUUUAAAGUUUUCUUGACUUGAAAUUGGAAUGUAUCUGUUUCAAUUGUCGUUUCUACUUUAGCUGUUUUUUUCAUAGCGUAGCGACACUCAGUCUCAAACACGAGACUAAUCUGAGAUUGUUGAAAAAACUUUUUGAGGCGUGUCAUUCAUAAUCUCUCAUAAAUAAUGGGAAACUAUUGGCAGAGUAAAUAAAAUUAAUUAUAUACAUAUUCUGUUUUGUUACAUAAUAAUUUAUGACAAAUACAUUUUUUGAAAUAGACAUGAAAUAUAUGUAUAAAACUUAUAUUGUAUACUUUUAUGUACGUAUUAUUAGUACACACAUAUAAUUCAUGUAUUUUUAUAAUUAUAUAUAUUAAGAAUAAUUGCAUUUUUAUAAUAUUAAUAAUAUAAAAGAAUGUUUUAAUUGAUCAAUUAAUUAUGAUUUUUUGCUUUAUAAAAGCUGCAUUUGCGCAUAAUGCGAUUGAUCAAUCGAUGAAUUAACAAAUUUACUUACACUUUUAAACAGUGAAUGACGAAAGCUUAAUAAUCUCAGACAAGUUUCGUUCUCGAGAAUGAAUGUCAUCAACCUCGUGCGUUACGAGAAAAUAGUUAUAAAGUGAGAAGUAGGAACAAUAGGCAUGAACACCAACGCAUUUGAAUUUCAAACUGAAAUCUGGGCAGUAGGCCUAUUCUGUAACUCUUAACGACAAUGUCAAUAUCGUUACAUUGUCGUUGCAUACAUAUUAUGUAUAACAAAAAAGAUGCGCGACAAUAUAACGAUACCGAACUGUCGUUAAGAGGUGCACUGUCGUUGCGCAGCUUUUUUACCAUAUAAAAUAUCUGCGCAACAACUGUAUAACGAUACACCUCUUAACGAGUUACAGAAUAGAUCUACUGUACUGAUACAGAUAAUAUAUCAAUCGGCAAUCAACUGGACAAAAGAAAGUUGUAAAAAGAAUUGAUUUUAGAGAAUCAAAAUUCAACUUUUGCAUGAUUAAAACAAAUUCUAUUCUUUUUAACUAAAUUUCUUGUGUGGUUUAUUCCAUGGUCUUUCCUCUUUUCUUUUUAUAUUAAAAAAAAAGAUAAACUAUAAGAAAAGUUCAAUUAAAAAGAACAAGUUAUAAUAUCUCUUCACGCUUGUAAUUGUUCUGAAAGAUAUGAUGCAAUGUAACAAAUUGAGAGUGGUCAGUAUGCAACUAACAAGCCGCAAUUUCCCGUCUUCACUGACUGAUAUACUCCCGAUAAAUAAAUGAAGUCGCACAUACAAUCCCGCGGGGAUAACGCGCGAAGAAUCAAAUCGGCGACAGCUGAGGAAUAGCGUGACGGCCUACACGCGUCCCGUGACGUUUUGUAUCUUUUUAUUUUUCCUAAUAUAACGUCACGUGGCGACGCAAAGUUAAUGAAAGAAUAUAUAUCUAUAAAAAUGAUAUAUAUAUACAUAUAUAUAUAUAUAUAUAUAGAAAUAUUAUAUAUAUGAAUGAAAUUAUAGUAACGCGGUUUUCCACGUUUUAGCGAAUCUUUACGUCCCCGAUGCUCAUGGGAAGUAUUUUUGUACGUUUACUCUGUACCUAAUACUACCGUUUCGCUCUAAAACUAUAUCUACUGUUAUCAUUGUGAUAUUCGCUACUGCGAUCGUCUUUUGAAUCGUUAAUAUAAUAUUACAUAAUGUGUAAUAAGCGGGCGUGCGUUUGGUUAUUGAUACGCUCAUGGAUCGGCGAUGGAAGUCUCUUUGAAUUUUGACGGUUUUCACAAACGCAGAGACUACAAGCUACUAUCAAUUGUUAUUAUUAUUAUUAUUAUUAUUAUUAUUAUUAUUAUUGAAUUAUUUGGUUGAUUAUUCUCUCUAUCACGAGUACCGAUUGCUCGAUGCAAAUCCUCUUUAUGACAAUUGCCAAUAUUGUCUGUUUUAUUAAUCCUAAUCUCACUAUGUGACAAGAAAAAAAAAAAUUUCCUUGUGAGUCGUACGCGACUCCCGCGAUCUAUAUCAUGUUCUUUUCUUCCACGUCUAUUAUUCCAUGUAUCUAUAGUUACAUGUGAUUUACAUUCCUUAGCAUUUACACCA